UUAAAAAAGAGCCACUAGCCUAAAUGUUGGACGUGCUAUGACAGCGUCAGUGCUCCUUCAUCCGCGCUGGAUUGACCCGGUGAUGUUUCUGUACGACAACGGUUUGGAUGAGAUGAAUAAAAAUAUGGAAGCUUUUCCAGGAGGCAACUUCGCUGCAAACCAAUGCAGAAAUCUUGUGGCCCACCAUCCAGCAUCCCUGGCCCCCUCAAGCGCGUACUCAUCGAGUGAAGUGCCAUCUUCUGGCAUGGCUGAACCUGUCAAACAGUGCAGUCCCUGUUCGGCAGCCCAGAGCUCGUCGAGUGCUUCCCUUCCUUAUGGAUAUUUUGGCAGCGGCUACUACCCCUGCAGGAUGACACAUCACAAUGCUAUCAAGUCCUGCGCACAGCCUUCAACAUUCGCAGAAAAAUACAUGGACACUUCAGUCUCAGGCGAAGAAUUCACCUCCAGGGCAAAAGAAUUCGCUUUUUAUCAGGGCUAUGCAACCGGACCCUACCAGCCAGUGCCCGGCUAUCUGGAUAUGCCCGUCGUUCCUGCUAUUAGUGGGACUGGGGAACCGAGACACGAGCCUCUACUGCCCAUGGAAAGCUAUCAGCCUUGGGCAAUUCCUAAUGGGUGGAAUGGUCAAAUGUACUGUCCCAAAGAUCAAGCACAGCCAGCUCACCUCUGGAAAUCUUCAUUGCCAGACGUUGUGACACAUCCUUCUGAGGUAAGUGCUUAUCGACGUGGGAGGAAAAAACGAGUCCCUUACACAAAAGUGCAGUUGAAAGAACUGGAGCGGGAGUAUGCAACUAAUAAAUUUAUUACCAAGGACAAGCGCAGGAGAAUAUCUGCAGCAACAAAUCUAUCCGAGAGGCAAGUUACAAUAUGGUUCCAAAACAGAAGGGUUAAAGAGAAGAAAGUCAUCAAUAAACUGAAGACCACCAGUUAACGGAUCAUAUCCAUGGGAAUAUAUAUUUGUUGUUUAUGAUUUUUUUUACAUAUUUACCAGGCAACGAACGCCUUCAUUUGAGGCGUGUAUGCCUUUGGUGGAUUUUAAUGGUCAAAACUUACAGGAGUUUGCUGUACAGAGAAAAAAGCAGAUGGAAGGACAUUUUCUAAAAUCGCACUGGGAAGCUCUCAAAGGCACAACAAAGCAGUCACACAGUGAGCUCAGUUAAUGUGACGAUUAUUAUUAGGAUAUCCUGAUCUGUUUGACUCAGUUUCUGUGCUUGCAAAAGGGUUAGGGAGCAGGUAUAAAGGUUGGUGCCGAAACAUUAUUUUCUUGAACUUCAUCUGCAUGCUUUUAUACUGCUCAGGUGAACAAUUCUGCAUAAUGAGAAGCAUGACUGUAAAUGUAGUUGUCACGUUUUAAGCAAGGACAAGUAUUGUAAAAUAAAUAAACAAGCUAUUUUAUUCUUUCACAUACGUGGAUAUCAGUGUGGACUGACAAACAUAUUUCCCCAGGUACUUUCUUUGAAAUUUUAAACGUUUUCUUAACAUUUUUAUAAAAUGUUAUGCAAUUUGCAUUUAGCUUUCCUAGUUUUAUACGAGCACGGUUUCUUUUCUGUAGCUUCUAAAUGCGGAGAAUUCUUUGAGCUUUAUUUAUGGAACUACGAAUGAGAGAAAUAAAAAUCAGAAAAUCAGAUGUACACUGUACACAUUCCAAAAAUUCAAAACAGCUGUUACUAUUCAUGAAAACUUUUAAGUAAACACACAUACAUUAUAAAACUGCAGCGGAUUUUUGUUCUGAUAAAAAAUACAAAUUGCAUUAUUUUUAACUCAUUUCUAAAGCAGGGUGCAUUUCAGGUUACCCAUUUAGCACGCGGUGAAAACAUUUCUAAUAACGUUUUUCAAAAUGCUGGUAAGAAAAAAGAAAGAAAACCAAACUAUUGUUGAAGUUUUGAAGUUGAAAAAAUAACGCAUUCUUUUGGGCUGUGCUAAUAUUUGUACCAUUUCUGUAGCUUCAGAAUUACUUGUAUGUAUUUUUACAAACAACGGCAGACACAAAGAUCUGUUAUUUUCCUGUUUAGUAACAUACACGCCCUUCAGGGAUUUAUCCUAAAACCAUUUGCAUCAAGAUUCAACCUCAUACAACUGGCAGAAUAGCGAAGUUUUAAUUUUCCGAUGGGGGUAUAAGGGGGCUGCUGGGAAAAUAGAUGGCUGGUUCUGGUAAUUGUUUUAAUUUAUUAGAACCAGUCAUCUAUUUUCCCAGCAGUCCCUUCGAAUACAGCCAGUUUUGUUUGGGGGCAGAAGAGCAGCAGGGAGGGAGCAGCGAGGACAAGGUCUGGUAGUUAUCCAAGUGGUAAGGCUUGUAGAGGCCUCAAACCUUGACCUUGACUAAAACAGAAAGUCUUUGACCUUGACUUCUGGCCGCUCACGAAGAAAUACUAUCCCCAAUCGGUGGAUCAAGGGCGCCACCUGGUGUCUCUACUGUAUCUGGUUCGGUUAAUACUAUUGAUGAAUUAUGACUGUUAAAAUUGCCAACUUUGAACCGCAGGAAUGAAAUACAUAUCUUGAUUUUAGUACCAGUUUUUGUUUUAAGUUUUGUUAUUCAGGAACAUUUUCCCUCAAAAGCAGUUUUAUUAAUUUUUAAUAGUCAGUAGAUAAAACAGGGACAGAUAAACAAUAAAUCACUAAUAUAAAUCGAUUUAGCAGCACAGCAUGUCUUGAAAACAUUCGAUUUUCAGGAAAAGCAUUUCAACUAUAAUACUAGAAAUUCAGCGCACAUUUCAGUUUGACAAGUAAAAUGAAAUGGUUUAAUUACGCAUCUAAAAUAAACAGGGCGGGUUUCAUUUUCAGAUUAUUUUCCAAUAAUUUUAUUGUAGUAAAAAGUUAUAAUUUUAAUUUGUUGGAGUUAGUUCUGUGUAAAAGCAAACCAGAAUUUCAGUUGCCUAUAAUACGCCUUUUUUAAUUAUGUAAUCUUCCCUAGGUCGUACUUCAUUCUCAACAAUUGUUUUUGAGACAUGUUAUAAGCUUCAUAUUUAUAUUAAUUACUCAAAUUUACAUUGGUGAUCAAUGUUAUAUGGCACACAUUCUGUAUAUGUAACAUAAAAUAAAUGUUUCUUGCUCCCCCAUAAUAGUAAUAAUAAUAAUUUCCUACAAUUAUUACUUAACACUUACAGUAAAACAGGAAAUUAGGAGAUGAGUAGUGUUGACCAAGUGGAUUUUUUUCAUCUAGAUUGUUUCCAAGCUUUUGGUAUAUCUGUAAAUAAAUAAAUAAACACAUUAAAAUGCAUAUGUAAAUAAGAAAGUGGGUGGGUGUCAAAUAAAUGUUUGCUUGACUCUAGCCUUCCUGGUUUAAUUUAUUGUUGUUUUUCCACCGUAAGACAUGCUAGUAGACUUUUAAAGUUGAUCUGUGUUGAAGGAAAUGCAACUUUUGUUUUUCAUUUAUUUUUGAAUGCUAUA